GUAAACUAGUUAAAAUUCAGGGGGGAAAGGUAAAUAAUAACUAGUUUCUACAAGGACUCGUCGAGCAAUGAAAUAAAAUUGUUGCCGCAUUUAGUCUAGCAGUAUUUGCCUAGAUUACACUCCCGUUCGUCUGCAACGAUGAAGCAAUACGAUUUUGAAAAAAAAAGGUUAUAUCACUUUACAGAAAAAAACGGUUAAUCGAUCCUCUUCAUAUAUUGUUCUCGUUAUUUAGACUUGGCAUUAAAACAUGCUCGGUGAUGAUUCCACUGCUGGGUGUCACAUGGCUUUUUGGUCUUUUGUUAUCAUCACACAAAGCUUUCGCCUACCUUUUCACCAUUUUCAGCUCUACUCAGGGAAUCCUGAUUUUCGUUCUUCAUUGUGCGCGGAACAGCCAGAUUAGAGAGCGAUUGAAAAGUAAGACGAACAUUACUUUCCCAUCUGCUGUAGAUCAUGGAAAUUCUGCGAAUAGGGGCCCACGAGUUAAUCCAAGAAAUGCCGGCGAAAUGUGGGCGGUAGAAUUGCAGUCUUUCAAAGAAUAGUGCCAUACAGUAUUCAGUAAUUUAAUUUAAACGACUUUAAGUGAUACUGUUUUUCCAUCUGUAAAAAUGAAAAAUCAACAAGGAAAAGCUCACAGGUUAAUCCAAGUGAUGUCGGUGAUAUGUGAGCAGUUGAAUUGCAGUCUUAAAAUAAGUUGGAAUUUAAAAAAAAAUUAGCUUAAAUAACUGGAUUCACAAGAGAGAAAAUGAGAGUCGAUUAUCUAAAAUCGUAUCAUACAUUCAAGUCUCACUUGUUUAACACUAGUACACAUUUUACUGUAUUUCCUUUAAACCACUGUUUAUUAAUAUAGAUAUAUAUAUAUAUAUAUAUGA